GAUGAUCAGGGCGCUGGCGAUGAACGAAAGGGGCGGGUAGCAACUCUUGGGUCAUGGAUUCCGCCCGUUGUGCGAUUGAUCAUCCCGCCCAGGCGCUGGCUUUGGAUCUGAAUUUAGAUCCCUCCGCUGUGGCUUCGGCCGAGGACCUUUGCGCGAAUUCAGACCCCCCUGGGGCGUGCAAGCCGCCGCCCGAGAGCUCCGACGUCUCGCCCAAUGCCCAGUGCACCAUCGCCGUGGGCCAAAGCUCCUCAGAGAUUCGCACCAAGGUCUUCCGCAUCGGGGCGCCGCUGCUGCGGAGCACCAUCCCGGUCUCGCUGGGUGCGCGUGGCGGCUAUGGCGGCGGUCGUGUUCCGGCGGCGCCCGCGCCCGAGGUGAAGACGAGGAGGGAAGGUGAAGAGGAGAAGGAGGGGAGUGAUAUCGAGACGAUCUUGUCCUUGUCGGACGGCGAAGCUGAACCGGAAGAGCUGCUGUCUGUGACCUUGGACUUUCCAUGUUAGACGUGCAUGCCAGGAGUUUCACCAUAGGCAAUUCUAGUUAGCCGGCUAAAGUCAGAGCAUCGGCAUAUGCGGUGCCGGCUUUCCUCUGUUUCACUGGACAGUUUGCAGAGUACCAAUGACAAGAGUUCCCGGAUUUGGAUGGUCUGGCUGUCUUGGUGAAGAAGCAGGAUUGGGGCUUCAAAGCCCUACCCCCUCAAGAUGCCACUAUUGGUACGACGCAUGUGAGGGUGAUUAGAGUCAGAGUGC